AUGGUAGAACAAAAUUCAGAGCACGCAGAGCCCAAUUUCGAUAUCGAGGAGCCAGUCAAGCCAACUCAGGAGGCACCGGCCACCGCGCCUGCUUCGUCUGCACCGACCAAACGCCACACAGUCUCGGUGCAGCCGCUCCAGAAGGACCAGAUGCAGCCAUCGUACGCUCAGACGCUGGACGUGCCUCGUAACGAGCACUCGGGCUACGGCAGCUUCAUCAACGGUCUCGGAUCGUGUAUCGGAUUCUUCGGUGCCAUUCCUUGCUGUCCGUGCCCAAAUCCUUUCAAGGAAGUCGACCAGGGCUCCGUCGGUCUCGUUAGCCGCUUCGGUGCCUUUUACAAAUCCGUCGACCCUGGUUUGGUCAAGAUCAAUCUCUGCUCAGAGGAUCUUCAGGCAGUCUCGGUGCGCACUCAGCUAGCCAACAUCCGCGACCAGGUCGCCAUUACCAAGGACAACGUCACUGUUAGAGUUGACGGUGUCGUCUAUUACAGCGUUCAUAGCCCUUACAAGGCUGCGUACGCGGUGGAGGAUAUGAGAUCAUCAGUCAUUGAACGCUCUCAAAUUACUCUCCGCUCCGUGCUUGGUUCGAGAUCUCUGCAAUCUCUUAUCCAAGACAGAGAGCAGAUCUCACGCGACAUCGAGGAGAUUGUUACAUCCAUUACGCAGGAGUGGGGUGUUCUCGUCUCUAUCUCGAUCAGAGACGUCCAUUUGUCCGAUUCCGAUCAGGUUGCGUUGGCUGCAUCCGCUAGAGCCACCCGCCAGGCUGAGGCUAAGGUGGUCGCCGCCAAGGGUGAAGUUGCAGCAGCCAAGCUGAUGAAACAGACUGCCGAGUUGCUUGCAUCGCCUGCUGCAAUGAGUAUUCGUCAUCUCGAUGCAUUGCAAAAUAUGGCCAAGACGAGCAACGCUAAGACCAUCUUCGUUCCUAUGUCCGUUGAUGGCGUCCAGUCUCUCACUCAGGGUAUGGGCGGUAACCAAACCAUUACUGAUGGCGCGAACAGUGGUUCUGCAGCUGCUGGUCCUUCUAACCAGCAGGAAAACUCUAUCGGUCAGACUGCACAGCUGCAUGCACUUGAGAACAUUUAG